CUGCAGGGGGCACGGACAAAAUGAGUGGGCCACUUGUCUCUGAGACCUGCUCGGGUCUGGAAGACGCUUCUGACUCUAAGUCUCCGCUGAGCUCAAGGUUCAGGGAACCGCUCACCCACGCUCGGUUCCAGGAGCUCUUCGGAGGCGCAGAGCAGGAGCCGGAGCUAUCAGCGGAGCCCUGCUUACCCUGGCUGUGCAGGCUGUGGAGGAGGCGAACCUGCGCCUGUUCUGGGCCGGGGGCGUGGCGCGUGCUGCUGGCGCGGCUGCCCCCGCUGCGCUGGCUGCCCCACUAUCGCUGGCGAGCCUGGCUGCUCGGAGAUGCUGUGGCUGGAGUGACAGUGGGCGUCGUGCACGUGCCCCAGGGCAUGGCUUUUGCCCUCCUGGCCUCGGUGCCCCCGGUGUUCGGACUCUACACUUCUUUCUUUCCUGUCCUUAUCUACAGUUUGCUGGGCACUGGGAGACACCUGUCCACGGGAACUUUCGCAGUACUCAGCCUAAUGACCGGUUCGGUAGUUGAGAGGCUGGUGCCCGAACCCCUCGCGGGGAACCUCAGUACAAUCGAAAGGGAGCAAUUGGAAGCUCAGAGAGUUGGGGCAGCAGCUGCUGUGGCCUUCGGGAGUGGAACACUGAUGCUGGGGAUGUUCAUGCUGCAGCUUGGUGUCCUGUCCACAUUUUUAUCCGAGCCUGUGGUCAAGGCGCUGACCAGCGGGGCCGCGCUGCACGUGCUGGUGUCCCAGCUGCCAAGCCUCUUAGGAUUGUCUCUCCCACGCCAGAUCGGCUGCUUUUCCCUCUUCAAGACGCUGGCUGCGGUGCUCACGGCACUGCCUCGGAGCAGUCCUGCGGAACUGACCAUCUCGGCGCUCAGCCUGGCGUUGCUAGUGCCGGUCAAGGAGCUGAACGUGCGAUUCCGGGACAGGCUACCCACUCCAAUCCCUGGAGAAGUUGUCAUGGUGCUUCUGGCCUCUGUGCUGUGUUUCACCUCUUCUCUGGACACAAGAUACAACGUGAAGGUGGUGGGACUGUUGCCUAGAGGAUUUCCCCGACCCCUCCUCCCGACCCUGGAUGAGCUGCCCAGGAUACUGGCCGAUUCGCUGCCCAUUGCCUUGGUUACUUUUGCUGUGUCCACCUCCCUAGCCUCCAUCUAUGCAGACAAGUAUAGCUAUGCUAUAGACCCCAACCAGGAACUCUUGGCCCACGGUGUCUCCAACCUCAUUUCCUCUCUCUUCUCUUGCUUUCCCAACUCGGCCACACUGGCUACAACCAGCUUAUUAGUGGAUGCUGGUGGGAAUACGCAGCUGGCUGGCCUCUUCUCCUGCGCUGUGGUCCUGUCAGUGCUGCUGUGGCUGGGGCCCUUCUUCUACUAUCUGCCCAAGGCUGUUCUGGCUUGCAUUAAUAUCUCCAGCAUGCGCCAGAUGCUCUUCCAGAUGCGGGAACUUCCACAGCUAUGGCGCGUCAGCCACGUGGACUUUGCUGUGUGGAUGGUCACGUGGUUGGCUGUAGUGACCCUGAAUGUGGACCUGGGCCUGGCUGUGGGUGUGGUCGUCUCUAUGAUGACGGUGGUCUGCCGAACUCAGAGGGUGCAGUGCCUUGCCCUUGGACUGGCUGAGGGGACGGAGCUCUACAGGCCACUCAGAGAGAGCCAUAAGCUCCUCCAGGUUCCUGGCCUCUGUAUCCUGAGCUAUCCAGCACCGCUCUACUUUGCAACCCGUGGGCAGUUCCGCCGCAUCAUGGAGUGGCAUCUGGGGCUUGGAGAAAGAAGCGUGCCAGGUGCGGAGCCCAUCAGAGUGGUGGUCCUCGACUUCAGUGGCAUCCCCUUUGCAGAUGCUGCAGGGGCCGGGGAAGUGGUCCAGCUCACCAGACGAUGCCAGGACGCUGGGAUCUGCCUUCUCCUGGCUCAGUGUAAUGCCUUAGUGCUGGAGACCUUGACCCGGGCGGGACUCCUGGAGAGAAUGACUCCAGAACAGCUCUUUGUGAGUGUCCAGGAUGCAGCUGCGCAUGCCCUGGAGCGGCUGAAACCCACGGGCCCAAAGAUUUGCACGGUGUGGGUCUGACCAAGGCCAUUUGGAGUGUGAGAGGCCCUGAUAGCAUGUGUGUGAGGAAGGCCACAGUCCCUGAGACCCGCUGGUGCAACCAAUAAGAUGAAGCUGCGAG